UUUAUUACAAUUCUGCAUUUACGUCCAAUAUCUUGUGGUUUUUGUUAACGACGGUUAUAUAUCGAAUUUAUACUCCGAGGCCGCAUUAUCCCGAAUCGAAGUCUGUUGCGCAUCGCAAGUCUCGGAUACCUUCCUCUCAAAAGCACACAUGACAAUGUCAAAGUCGCGGGAGUCUAGCUUGGGCUCCGUAGCAAUGGAAGAGGAAGAGGACGAUCUAUAUGGCUCCGGCCCAACGGCCGAUGCCGAAGGGACGGCUCAUCAGACAACAGCAGAUCUCGAAUCUGGAGAAGAGGAGGAAUCAGAAGACGAAUCGGACAUUGAGAUUGUCACGGAGCGACCAGAUCUCGGCCCAGAGCCAACUGCUGCCUCGAGAACAGGCCAAAAGGCAACAGAAACGUCACAUCAAGCCACUUCCGGGAGCACGCCUUCACAACAACAACAACUGCCGUCACGUUCUGUACCCACGACGAUUCGCAUUUCAACAGAUCCAGCGACACAGCAAGCGGCUGCCAAACCUAUUUUGCUACCUGGUGAUAAAUACCCGGCUAUCCGUACUACCACGUCAGAAAUAUUUGAUCCGGACAAUGUUCCACUCUGGAAUGGGAAACCUAUCACAGAGCUGGACAUCGAUGCGGACCUGGCUGAAAAUAUGAAGCCAUGGCGACGACCGGGCGCCGAUCAGUCCGAUUACUUCAACUAUGGCUUCGACGAAUUUAGCUGGGCGAUGUACUGCGAGAAGCAAAAAGCAAUGCGCAGUGGCAUCGAGGAGCAGAAGAACGAAAACAAGCUCUUCGAGCAGCUUAUAGGCAUGCCGCCCCUUCCCACUGCUGGCGCCAGCAACGGAGGCGGCAAUAGCCCAAUGCCUGGCGGAGCUGCGGGUGGGAUGCCCGGUAUGCCAGGCGAGCAGGAGAUGAUGCAAAUGAUGAUGCAAUAUAUGCAGGCGACAGGCAAGACAGACCCGACACAGGUGGACUUUGCAGAGAUGAUGAGUCAAUUUGGUAUGGGAGGGCCGACAGGUGUACCCACUGGACCGAGCGGAGGAGGGCAACAGCAGGGUGGAUGGGGUGGCCAGCAACAAGGUGGGUACGGAGGUGGAGGUGGAAGGCGGGGAAGAGGGCGGUGGUAGCGUGUAUCACCUGUUAUUUGUUUAAGCAGCUCAGACGGAAAGCGCCAAGCUAUCCUUUUAGGUCGAAGGAGAGCAGUUUAUCCGACUUAUCUAUCUGCUGUAACUUCAUUCGAUUCUGAACGACAGCGGAAGCAGGGCAUAGUGCACACCGAUCGAUCCCACAACCAUAUAUCAAGGCGAUCAUUGAGGAAGAAAGCAGACGCGUUUGAAUCAAUAGUCAUAAUUUCGGCAUAAUGGUACAGGUGUGUGGUAUUUCUUCAGCGAGCCUAUGAUGAUAUCAUCUGCUUAACGUGCUUCUAGAGCCACGCGGCAGAAUGGUCUCAGUCUCCUAUACAUGCUGAGAAGAGUCCAUUGAAUAGCCGAUCAGGAGAGAAAUGCUUAUGAUGUGUCCACGAUGCUUCGAGCUUUAAUUGAAAGCUCAGAUAGAUAAUCUAUUGAGAUUUACAUCAAAAAGGCCAGUAUCUGUCAUGCAUUAAAUGACCCUAAAGCACCGAAAAACAAAACUAC